AUGGCAUCAGGCCCCGCAUCUCAGAAUAUCCCGCCCAUUGCUCAGCCUUUCGUGUCCGAGCGGGCGAAGAAGUUGUUGGAUUUGGUCGAGAAAUUCGUCGACGAGGAAUGUAUCCCGGCCGACGUGGUGUAUUCAUCACAGAUUGGAACCGGUGAGGCGCGAUGGCUAGGUCAUCCGUCCAUCCUGGACGAUUUGAAGAAGAAAGCCCGCUCCUUGGGGAUCUGGAAUAUGUUCUUGCCCAAGAACCAUUUCAAAGAUGGACCGCAAUUUACCAAUGUCGAGUAUGGUCUUAUGGCCGAGCAGUUGGGGAAGAGUAUUACAGCCAGCGAGGCAUGCAAUUGCGCCGCCCCAGAUACAGGUAACAUGGAAGUCAUUGCUCGCUAUGGCUCUCCGGUACAGAAGGAGAAGUGGCUGGAACCCCUGCUGGCGGGAGAGAUUCGAUCCGGUUUCCUGAUGACAGAACCCGAUAUCGCCUCUUCGGACGGCAGCAACAUCCAACUCCGCAUAGAACGUCGGGGCGACCACUACGUCCUCAACGGCUCGAAAUGGUGGUCCAGUGGCGCCGGCGAUGACCGCUGUAAGAUCUUUAUCGUCAUGGGCAAAACCGACCCCCACAACCCGGACAAAUACAGACAGCAAUCGAUGUUACUCGUGCCCGCCGACACGCCAGGUAUUAAGGUUCACCGCAUGCUGAGCGUUUUCGGCUAUGACGAUGCGCCGCAUGGUCAUGGCCAUAUUACCUUCACCAACGUCAAGGUUCCUCUGGAUGCUAUAAUCCUGGGCGAAGGGCGAGGUAAUGAAAUCAUGCAAGGCCGCCUGGGGCCAGGACGAAUUCACCACGCUAUGCGUGCUAUUGGUGCCGCCGAACGUGCCCUCGAGUGGAUGAUCAACCGGCUCAACGACGAGCGCAAGGUCCCCUUCGGCAAACCUCUCUAUGAGCAUGGCGUGCUGCUGGAAUGGGUCGCGAAAGCCCGUAUCGAGAUCGAUGCGUCAAGGCUCAUUGUGCUGAACGCAGCCAUCAAAAUCGAUCAGAAGGACGCCAAGUUCGCGCUCAAGGAGAUCGCAGAGGCCAAAGUUAAAGUUCCGCAGGUCGCGCUCGAAGUCAUUGAUCGCGCCAUCCAAGCUCAUGGCGCUAUGGGUGUUUGUCAGGACACGCCGCUCGCGAGCAUGUGGGCGCAUCUGCGGACGUUGAGAAUCGCUGAUGGACCGGAUGAAGGUAGACAUACCCCAACCCCAAUUUUGGCUUUCUUCCUUCCUUAUCUGAUGAUGCUGACCAUUUCCGCUCGAACAGCUCAUUUGAACCAACUGGGCCGCCGGGAGAACAAACAGCGCAAAGAUGCCAUUCGGGCACGUAUCGCAAGGCAGCAGGCCAAGACCGAGUCUCUGUUUCGAUCCAUGGGCCUAGAGAGGAAUGAAUUGGGUGCCGCCAAGUUUAAGGCCAAGUUGUAG